UAAAUAAUAACAACAAAAAUUGAUAAGAGGGAUCAAAAAAUAGAAUUUUCAUAGAUAAGCCAAUAGAUUUUUUGUUUAAUUUUUGGUUGAUUUGAAACUUUUGUGCCUUUAAAUUCUAAAAAAAUGUUCAAUCCAGAAGAUCACGGACUUGAGGCGGACUUUCGUCUCACUAAAUUUUCAACUUUACGAGGGUGAGGUUGCAAAGUGCCUCAAAACGUUCUCGAUAAAUAUCUGAAUGUUUUGGGGCAGGAUGAUGCUCUCGUAGCCGCUCAUCAACCAAAACCCUCAACUGACUCGAAAAAAAUCGGCAUUGGAAUGGAUUCGGCAGUCAUUCCCUUAUCACGUCACCAAAAUUUAUUUCUCGUUCAAACUGUCGACUUUUUCUACCCAUUAAUUGACGAUCCCUACAUGAUGGGAAAAAUCGCCUUUGCCAAUGUCGUUUCCGACGUAUAUGCCACCGGCGUGUCUUCCAUCGAUAAAAUCAAAAUGAUCAUCUCCGCUCCCACGGAAUUCACGGAGAAACAACGAGAUGUCGUCAUUCCGUUGCUAAUUAAGGGAUUUCACGAUUCCGCAGCUUCGAUAAAAGCCACAAUUGACAUUGAUUGGAUGGCUGUGAACCCGUGGUGCAUGAUUGGAGGCAUCGCAACCAGCAUUUGUCACGAAUCUGAGAUAAUUUUUCCCACAGAAGCGGAAGACGGGGAUGUUUUGGUACUUACAAAGCCUUUGGGAACGCAAUUGGCGACAAAUUCUUACAUCUGGCACAAAGAAAAAAGCUCGGAAUGGCAAAAAUUAGAAGAAAAUGGAGUUACAGUGCAAGAAAUUACCGAAAUGUAUGAAGCAGCUAUCCGUUCAAUGGCUUUUUUGAAUAAAACAGCAGCAGAUUUGAUGCACAAGUAUAACGGGCAUGCCGCUACCGACGUAACAGGCUUCGGGCUUUUAGGACAUGCGAAUAAUUUGGCACUUUUUCAAUCCAAAGACGUUUCUUUUGAGAUUCACACGUUGCCAAUUAUCUCAGGUGUGAUGAAAAUCGCUCAAAUUCUGGGACGAGACACAAAAUUACGUGCUGGAAAGGCAGUUGAGACAUCUGGAGGGUUAUUAAUCGCAAUGCCAGAGAGCGAUGCAGCUAAAUUUGCCGAAGAAUUUGAACAAUUAACGGAUUUUAAGGCAUUUGUCGUUGGAAAAGUCAUCAAAGGUGAUAAAAAAGCAAUUAUGAGUGAGAAAAUUACAAUUAUUGAUGUCUAAAUUUAAGAUUUUAAAAGCAUUUGAGGAUUUUUAAUGAAAAAUUUUUGAAGCGUAUGACUCGGGUGUCAUAAAAAACGCGAGUUUGGGACACUUGACGAUGUUUUCUUCUAAAAAUUGUUCAUUAAAGGUCUUAAAAUCAACUUUUCAUGCAAAAUAUAAUGAAAAAUAUUUUUUAAAUAA